AUGCGCAAUGCGCAAUGGAUCAUAAAAUAUUUGUUAAACCCACAUAUCGUGAAUGGGCUGAAAAAAAAACAAAUGGGCUUCUUUUAUGAGGUCACAACCCAUAUGGAUCACAAUGGAAGUCUUCUUUUACCACAGAGAACAAGGCCACAAGCAAAGAUGGUGAUGAUGGGUCUGGGAAGGUUGGUAGGGACUCUAAAGUCCAAAAUAAGGUCUUUGAAACUGAAGAAACCUUAUGAUAAGAUGGAGAAGAGUGAGAGCAUGAGAGUGGAGAUAAGAAGCAGAAAGGCCAGAAAGCUUAUUGAAGAGACCCUCAAAAUUGCUGAUUCACCCAAGUCCAGAACCUUCGCCUUGUCUGGUUUUAGGUGGACCAUCCUAUAG